GCAAAUAGUUUUCUGAACAGCGCGUGAGAGAGAUUUCCUUCCACACAGCAGCAAUGGCAGCCUCCAAUACGAUACGGGUGCGAUUGUAUUUUGAUUACCCGCCGCCUUCGGUAUCCGACUGUCGCAUGUGCUGGGUGCUCGUUGAUUUGAACAAAUGCCGUGUGGUAGCAGACUUGGCCAGCAUAAUCAGGGAGAAGUUCGACUUCAGUCGCAGGAGCAUUUUGAGUCUAUUCAUUGAAGACUGCUACCUGCCGCAUACAGAGAGGAUCUACGUAGUCCGAGACAACGACAGCAUCAGAGUGAAGGUGGACAUCCUAACCCGUUUGAAUGGAAGUCCGUCCAACACAUCUGCUGUCAACUCCAAGAAGAAGAGGAGGAGAGAUGCGGAGGAGGAGGAGCCCACACAGAACCAAGUGAGUGAAGAGUGGAAAAAGAAGAAGAAGAAGAGACAGAACGAGGAGAGUCAGGAGGCCGAUUCCAACCAGACUGCGGUUGAAGAGAGGAGCAAAGAAGACAAGAAGAAACAGAAGAAGAAAAAAGGAGGAGAAGAUGGUGACCAAAACCACUGCCUCAUCCACAGGACCCUCUCCCACCUCGUCCACAGGACCCUCUCCCACCAUAGCCAAAGGGGACAAAAACACCAAGAAGGCUCCAGCUGCCACAGCAGUAUCGUUAACGGUAAAGCCACAGCAAAGACCCAGAAUGGGGAAACAGACUCAUGUUCUGAUUCCAGUGGCAGCAGUAGUGAGGAGGAAGCCCCAAGUAAAAACCCCACACAGAAACGACCCCCCAAAUCACCCUCUGCUACCUCUACACACCCCGUCGCAUCUAAAGCCACCCCAAAAGUCACCCCUAUAGUCAAACCCCCAACCCCCAAUAAGAAACCACGCCCACCUCCCUCGUCAUCCGAUUCGGACUCAGACUCAUCGGAUGACGAUGCCUCUAGCAAAGCCACCACAGGCAAACCUCCGGUUAAAAACCAAACUCCUCUAUCCAAGCCUGCUGCCACUCCUCCUACUACCACAGGCUCCGACGCUGGUCCUAGGGACAAAACCACCCCCUCCGAGCCCAGACCCAGCCUCCCUUCCUCAGGUCCCAUGAACUCUGUAUCCCCUGGCCAGAGAGCUAAAGCUCCAGGGACAGGCUCAGCCCCAGCAGCACAGAAGGCCCCCAGGAGGCCUGAGAGCUCAGACUCUAGUGGUGGUAGUAGUAGUGAGGAGGAGGAGAUUCAGCUGGUUAUCAAACGGCCAGGCCUGGGGAUGGGGACGGUCCCUGCUAUGGCAGCAGACCCCACCUGGAGAGGCCGAGGCAGGGGAAGCCCUAGGAGUGCAGAGAGGGGUGGAGGCAGGGGGGGUAGAGGUGGGGAGUGGGACAGGGGUCCUCGUGGUGGGGGUAGAGGAGGGAGAGGAGAAGAUAGAGGGGCAGGAGGAGAUCAUGCAGGGUUUUAUUUCAACUAUGAAGGUGGACAGCGACAGCAGAAUAAUCAUCAGCAGCUACCAUCGUACCAGAAUGACUCCCUGGUUAACAACACUGUGGUGCUACCUUCAUACCAGAACGACUCCCUGAUUAACAACUCUGUGGUGUUCCAGAACCCAUCAGAGAGUGUCACCAGGAGGGACUACAGUGAGAUGCCCCUCCUAGCUGCUCCCCCUCAGGUGGGACAGAAAAUCGCCUUCAAGCUGCUGGAGCUGACAGAGAACUACACACCAGAGGUGUCUGAGUAUAAAGAGGGGAAGAUCAUUCAUUUUGACCACAGCACAAAACAGAUUGAGCUAGAGCUGCUCUCUGCUUAUCAAGCUCCGGUGGAGCCGGGGAAGUUUGACCUGGUGUAUCAGAACGCUGACGGAUCAGAGAGUGUGGAGUACGCUGUGUCCCGUGGCUCCAGGGUGACUGAACGUUGGGACUCGCUGCUGGAGCCCAGGCUGGUUGUGGGGAAUUUGGGCUGAGGAACAAGAUGGACGUUCUUGGUCGACUUGGCCCAGGCAUUUCUAACACACCGGCCCAUUUUUUCCCCCCCUUGAGGUCCCCAGUAUUGGCCAAAUUAUAAUAAUUUGGCAAACAACCCCAAUUUAGACCGGCCCAAAUCUGGUAUUUACCAGAUCUGCCGCAUGGCCAGUCUGUUUCUGUUUGGGAGGAUGUACUGGGGCUUGUUCUGACACCCCCAUAGACGGUUUACCCUGGACCCAGAUUAAGCCUAAUCACAUUUUUCAAUGGAAGUGUUCCAUUGAGUGUGCUUAUUUUAAAGUCCAGGAGUAGGCUUCAUCUGGGUCCGGGAAACCAGCCCUAAUGUCAAUGUGUGGUUGACUCUACAGUCUCUCUGAUGAAGCGCUUUAUACAGCGGUAGUAUUUUUACCUUACCAAACCCCUUACCCUUAUUUUACCCUGCUCCUCCCCACACUGAGUGUUUCAGCAUUAGGGCAGGCUUUUGUUCCAGCCCAGCACUAAAAAAUCUGGUCAAUUCCACUUCAAGUCUGUCAAUUCAGGAUAUUAACUAAUUCAGAAUGUUUUUAUGAAGAUUUUUUUUAUUCAAUAGUUUGAGUUUGUUCAUUUCCUCAACAGACAAGAGUUCAAAUGGAAUUGACCAGAACCAUGGAUUCAGCUAAUCAAAGUCUGGAUUAAAGCUAUUGAUGAGUUGGUUCACAUGUCUUAGUUCUGGGUGUGAUGAGCACCGUUUUAAUGCCCCACUCAAACCUUCUAAUGUUGUAUUGCGGAAAGGAGGGUACAGGGCAGGUUGAGGAAGUACUGUCAAAGAUGUUCUUUGGUCUCUUGUCAUUUACUAUCUCUUGAUCUUAGUCUAUGGUUUUAUGUGUUUGUUUUUUUACACAUUGUUAUAACUGUGAAUGUCCCUUGAUUUUAAAAAAAUACUUGUUUGUAAGAUAAUAAAGUUUGUGAUAUCCUA